GCGGAGUCGGGCAAAGACCGUUUGCGCAUUUUGGACUUUGAACCGGUCCGAUUUUAUUUAUCCCUUGAAAUCGCCGCAGGUUUACUUCCGCGGAACCUUGGAGCUCUGUUUCUCCGAUCGCCCAAUCGGCGGUGAAAAGAAAUCUAACCUUUGUCUACCCGACGGGAUCUUUUCAUGGAGCAUCAACCUCGAGCAUCGACUCACACCGGCGGAGAAAACGAUCAAGACCUGCGGAACCAGCGUCUCUACAAUCCUUAUCAUGACCUCCAAAUCCCAAUCCAGACAUUAUACAAGCUUCCCACAGCCCCGGAAUUCCUUUUCCAAGAAGAAUCCCGCGUGCAGCGUCGAUCUUGGGGUGAAAACCUCACCUAUUACACCGGCAUCGGAUAUCUCGCCGGCGCCUCAUUCGGGGGUGUUAGUGGAUUUUAUCAGGGCGCCAAAGCUUCCGAGCCAGGAGAGAGCUUGAAGCUCCGGAUCAAUAGGGUCCUGAACGGGUCGGGUCACACCGGCAGCAAAUUUGGUAACCGGGCAGGUGUGAUAGGGCUGCUUUAUGCUGGGAUGGAGAGUGGCAUGGUGGCGGUUAGAGACACGGACGAUGUCAUCAACAGUGUGGUAGCGGGGCUAGGGACUGGCGCGUUCUACAGAGCGGCCGCAGGGUUGAAGUCGGCAGCUGUGGCCGGAGUAAUAGGCGGAGCUGUGGUUGGAUUGGGAGUGACGGCAAAGCAGGCUGUGAAAAGAUACGUGCCCAUAUGAGUUUGUUUUCCUAUAUUUGCUACUUGAAUAUGCAAUAUUCCUCAUUGUGUCUUUCUACUAUAGUAUUUGAUGAUAUGCCUGAGAAUUUGGCUCUCAUAUUUGAUCGAUUGUUAUCAAUCUCGAAGCUGGGGCACUAAAGGUGCUAACUUUGCUUACAUUUUUGUCCAAUACAUGUCCUAAAUUAGAUGUACUGAGCAUUGUGAUCUUGAAUAAAUUUGAAAAAGACCAGCGCUAAGUAUUGCCUAUAUGUGCUCUAUGAAUUAAUUUCAUGAUGCUAUUCAAAGGACAGAGCUUGAACCGUUUAACACUUUCACUAAUUGCUGUUACUUUCUAGUUCUCACAAGCAAAACCUGGCUUGGGUAGGAUCUCAUUUUUUUAAUUAGGAAAGACCAGAAUAAUAGUUUCAUUAUACUCCGUAUAAGCUUUUCAAUACAAAAUCAACACCGAGAAAUAGUGUUACCGGACUUGGGGCGGGGCAUGACCAGGAUUGGCCCCCUUGUCUAAGCCCAUGUAGCCAUUGCACAAUUACAUAUCUGAACUUACUUUCAAUCCAUAAGCGCAGCUUUGGCUUAUUUCAUGCUACCCAUGCAGGUAGUGCAUGCAUGGGCGGAAGGGUGUAAUCAAACCGGGAAUGAAUAUGCUCUAAACUCGACUUGAGCUCGAUCAUGCACUAAUUUGCAACAAGCCCUGGUCGAAGAAACUUGACUGAUGAGGCUUGGUUCUGUUUCCCGUAACCAUAACCGGCAAAAACGGGUACGGCUCUUGUUCUGUUUCCUGCUAGGUUCUGGUUGGACCAAUGAAGUAGCCAAUUUUGUGAAAACAGUUGAAACGGUUAAAAAGCCGGAACUGGUUCGGCCGGGGCAUCUAUUAGAGGAAUUGGAACUGGUUUCUUCCGGUUCUGGUACCCAUUCCGGUCUAGAACUGAACUAACGAGCACCCAUUUUGGUCUUUUGCCCCCGUUCGGAUUCCUGAACUUGGACUGGCCGACUGAGUUCACCCUUUAGACGAGGCAGAUAAAAGGUGGCCUCUUCUAGCUUCAGCACAUGCCAACAGGCUGACAGAUUCUAUCUACUUCCCCCUCCUUUGGGUCUUCAUAUCUUGCGUGAGUAGUACUUUCUUAGACCUUUUCAUUUUGGUGAAUCCUACGAAACAUAAAGGAUUACAUCAUUGUAUUGCGUGGAACAUGUGAGAGAAAAGCUUAUCUUUUGCACUAUUCUCUCAACCCCCUGGUACUUUCUUCUUUGAUACUCCUGUAUUAAGUUCAAUUUCUGGAAUUUGGAUAGAGGAAGCUGGAAACAGAUUUGCUAGAGAG